AUGACGAAGGGCAAGCUCUAUCCCUCAUUCAUUGCCAAAGCAUCGGCGAGGAAAGCCGCGUUCAAGCAGAGGAAGCAAGGGUUGAUCAAGAAGCUGCGUGAACUGUCCAUCUUGUGUGAUGUGCCGGCAUUCCUUAUCAUCUUCUGCCAUGAUUUUGCUCAGCCACAGAUGUGGUCUUCAACACCUGAUCCUCAUCAAGUACUCCGGCAUUUCAUAAGUCUGCCGGAGACGGAAAAGUCUGAAAACAUGCUCAACCAAGCUGACUUCCUCGAACUCCAAAUAAAAAAACUUGAAGAUCAAUUCCAAAAGAUCGAACUUGAAAACAGUGAGAGCGAGUUGAAGUUGUUGCUAUGUAAGGCCUUACGUGGAGAAGCAAAUCUUGACGAUAUAUCUCUCGAAACAGCUAAAAAACUGAGUUCUAUGGUUGAAAAAAAAAUCGCGCAAGUCAAUGAGAGAAUGUCCAUCAUCGAAAGAGAGAAGUUUCUGAACGAUUCUCCGGAUGAAGAUAGUAACCUGUCUUCCUCUGAAGAGGACACUGAGUCUCCAUCUGAUGAUCACUCUAGUGGGUGA